AUGUCAAGUGUUAAUUUAACAAUAAAAUCAAAUGAUACAACAGCAAUACCAUUAUCGUCGACACUUCCACGUCAAAUUUCUUUUGUACUUUUUCCUUGUAUGGUAUUAAUUGGUGUCAUUUGUAAUACAUUAAUUUUUGUUAUUAUGAGACGUCGACGUAUGUGUCAUCUUUCGACAUGUUAUUAUAUGGGUAUAUUAGCAAUAGCUGAUACAAGUGUACUUCUUCUUGGUUUAACUGUUAUGUGGCUUUAUUUAUUAAAUCGAAAAUGGUCAUUAUUAUUACAAUCAACAUAUGGUUGUAAAAUACUGUCAGUUUUAUUUUAUACAGUAUCGGAUACAAGUGUAUGGAUUGUUUGUAUGAUGUCAGCUGAUCGUUGUAUUGCUGUAACACGUCCAUUACAUGCUAGUUCAAUAUGUACUGUAAGACGAGCAAGAAUAUCUGUUUGCAUACUUGUUUUAUGUAGUCUUAUAAUAAAUAUACAUUUUUUAUUUACACAUUAUUUAUCAUCAGAAAAUGAAUGUACAUCACAUGAAUCUUAUGAUUUUUUUAUUCAACGUAUAUGGCCAUGGAUUGAUGCAGCUGUAUAUUCAGCAUUACCAUUUAUAUUAUUAUUAACAAUAAAUUUAAUUAUUGUAGUUAGUCUAUUUCAUGCACGUCGUUCAACAUCAAAUUUACAAAUAUAUCAAUCACAUCGAAAUCGAAAUAAAAAUAAAUUAUCAACAACAAUGUCAAGAAAAUUAACAACAAUGCUUUUAGCUGUAACAGUCUUUUUUUUAUUAACAUCAUUUCCAAUGGUUUGUUUACAAAUUUAUAUAAAUAUACAACAACAAAAUAAUAAUUUAUUUACACAACUUUAUCUUAAACCUUUAUGUGAAACAUUACAAUAUUCAAAUCAUUGUAUUAAUUUUUUUCUUUAUGCUAUAACCGGUAAAGCAUUUCGUCAUGAACUUAAACGAUUAUUUCAUAGUAUUGCAAUUAAAAUUCAUUUAACUAAUAAUACAGUACAAACAUCAAUUGAUCGACGUCAUAUAGGAAAUCAUACCAAUUAUCAGAUGAAUGAUAAUAAUCAUAGUCAACGGCGAGUAUCACCAGUUACUAUUCGAGUUUUACGAUGUCGAACAUCAACUGAUUCAUUGGCUAGUAAUGGAACUACUAUUAAGCAUAAUUUAUGA